AUGUGUCGCUUGUUGAGACAUGUUUCUGGAACUGAGCCCCUUGAGAUUACUUGCAUACAUGCAGAAGAUACUUUUCAGGUCACUGGCCCACAGAUAAUUUCCGCUGCAGAAACGCUGGCAUUACAUCCAUCUAGCAAGAUUGCAAAAGAAAAUCUUGAGGUGUUCUGUGAGGCCUGGGAAUCUCAACUGAGUGACAUGUCUAUGUUGUUAAGAGAAAUCAAUGAUGUGUUUGAAGGAAGAAGAGGAGAGAAGCGUGUCUACCUAUCACUGCCCAGACCAGGGAAGCAUAAUGCAAAUCUGAAAGCAUUAAAGCCAGUCAAACUAGAUACUGAGGAGCAGGCAAAAAUUGCAAAACUUGGAUUAGAAUUGCAUCUGCUCACAUCUGAUGUGGAUUCUGAGACAGAGAAAUGGGAGGAUCAGGAGAAUGAGAUUGUGCAACAUGGACAAGGCAUGUCAAGUAUGGCCUACUCCAUGUAUUUAUUUACCAGAGGAGAAGGUCUUCUGAAAACCACUCAAGAUUUAUUUCAUCAAGCAGAGAUUUUUGCUACGGAGGGCACAAAGCUUGCUUCAGCUCUUCAUGCCUUCUCUGAUCAGGUACACAAUGAUGACAAACCUUUGCUUCUGUUGGAGGCUGAAAAACUGAUCUCUAUGUGCAAGCAGCUCCAGAUAACAGCUAAAACUUCUGUUCAGGGUAAAAGUGCUACAUUUACAAAGGUUGAUGCAUGCAUUCUGAAAACAAGGAACAUGAUGACUCUCUUAUGCCAACUUCUUCCACUUUGCUGCAAAUUACUGAGAAAGAAUAAAGCAGGAAAUGGCUGUCUUAAAGCUGCUCCACCGUGGAGAGAAGACAGAAUACAAACUGGUACAAAUACACACACUCCAGAAAGGAGAGCAGAGACAUUUGGCAUCAAGUCUUUAGAAAAUCAUGUAACAAACAUGACGUUUUUAGAGAGCAAGUAAUUAUAGCACUUAGAAAUGCAGGAACUCCCCUUUGAAAAUAACACUUGCUGAAUUUUCAAUAUUGCUUUCAUUUGUGGAAAGUCA